GGAGAAGAACGCCAUCGUGUCGCUCUAGGUCACAUUACUGUGCCGCUCACUCGCCAUCUGAACAAUUUGUCCACUCUCUCUCUCCCUGUCUCUGACAAGUGCAUAUUUUUACAACUGAAAAUGAUUAUACACUCGGCUGAAAAACAGGAGUACUGUACUUGACAUAGAUACAAUAUAUAUAUAUAUAUUAUACUGCCACAGAGAGAGCUAUUGGGACACACCCCCACCUGUGUUGGUGCUAGAGACAUAUGUAAAGUGUUGUUAUGGUGUAAACACCAGUUGACGAGAAUACUGCUAUCAAUAACAGAUUGAGUGAGAGCAGCAGCAGCAGAAGUUACAGGCAGCCAGACCCUGGGACACCAGCAGCCUCCACCACCACGCCGACCAGCAGACACACCCAGCGCCACCACUAGAGCAUCCUGCAAGCGGCAGAGAGCAGAGGAGACUUACUGCUGCGGGAAGCUGCCUCCAGCACCUCCACCAUGAGGGCGAGCACCUCCCACAGACAGGACAGCGGCCUGGGCAGCUGCCACACCCCCUAGUCCCUCAUCAUACGUCGCCCUCCCGCAGCAGCAAGUGCAGCAGCAGGAGCCACAGUCUGAGUGGCCAUCCUGAGUGUGUACUUGCCCGAGUCCAUCCUUUCAGAAGACAACUUUGGAGUGUGGUGUCGAGAGCACGGCUCCUCCAGUGUUGCAGACCCCCUCAGUAACCAUGGUAGACAACCCGAUGUACGCCCACAACGAUCACCUCAACGCUGGUUCAACUAGCUUCACAAUUGGUGGUGCCACAAUGAGCUCAGGUUCAGGUGGCUCCACUAAAUAUAUGCUACGCGACACCGCACCCACACACAACAACCGUCUGAGCGUCAUAAACACUAGCAGAAGCCACAGCGGAAGACUACACUAUGCUCGCAGAACACCUACCCCCGAAGCCUCAAGAUACGAACCUAACUUUAUGUUAGGUUCCCACCCCUCCGAAUACCCAGAGUAUGACACUUCCUACACAAUACGCUCGGCAUCGCCAAGAACCUCCCGGAAGCCUGAAUCUAGAUACAUGGUCCGGCCAAAGAUUCGUGCAGAAAGUAGACAAUACGAUCCAAGACUGAUACUCCAGCCACCAUCACCCGAGCUGCCACAGAGCUUUGGGUCCAGGCACACCAGUGGCAAUGAGAGAAAGGAGCUAGAAGCGGGCACACUCUAUGACAACUACUGGCACAUUCCUCGAGCUUCACUCUGGUGUUCACACAAAGGCUGCGUGUAUGAUUCACAACCAUGUAAAGAGUGUCAGUGGAAGCAGGAGGAAAGCGCAUCAACAUGCUCAUCCAUCAACCCCCCACCAACAUUUACCGCACUUGACAAUUACCGCCCUGUCAGACCACGCCCUAAAUGCCACCAGUGUAGCUGUGGGAUCAUCUUUGCAAUCACCACAAUUUUUUCACUUCUAGUUCUUUUCCUAAUAACAGGUUUCAUCCUCUAUAUUGAAAUGGUCCUGAAACAUCAAACAGCCAAUGUUACAGACCGGAUGUAAAUCAAGAGGUAUUUUUCACUUGUCAAAACAGCAUAUGAAAGUAUGAGAGAGGGAGAAGCACUUUAUUCAUACCAAACAGGUGUCGGUAUGAAAGUUAUAUUGUUCUAAUCCCUCUGGUACUUAUACCAAAGACUUUCCAUCACAUUCAACGAGUUCCUUAAUAUCUGACAGUAUCUUCAUAGUGCAUACCCAUAGCUACCAAAAGUUACAACAAUAAAGUUACUAUUUUCUGUUACUAUACUGACUUGUUAGUUCCUAGCAAGCAUGUAUACUAAGGAUGAUAUUACUAUAACUGUUCAACUGAAUUCUACGCUGACUAAUUAAUAUUAAGUAUGGUUGAUUUUUACAAGUUUUUUUUAGAAAUUCAGCAUUACAAAAGUGUCAGAUUACAUACAUAUACAGUACUUAAAACUAUUAAUUGCCAGCUUUUCCACUAUUUAGGAAAGACCAUGCCGACUACAAUGAACAGCUUUACUCAUAUUUUAAGGGAAUAUCUGUACCACUUCAUCGUCAGUGAUGAUAAUAAAAGAUCAGGGGAUUACUAAAAUGACCUAUAAAAUAGGCCUGAUGACAUAACUCAAAGUAAUCAAAGGGGAUGCUGCUUCUGACCACAAAUCUGGUUAGUAAUAUUCCUUCAAUUUGUAACCUUUAGAGACACAAUUCCCGCAGCUCCAGGUCACCAAUAUGUAAAAUUCUUACAUUUGUAUAUUAGUUUGCAACUGAGUUAAAAUAUAUAAAUAAAUUAAAAAAUAAAAUAAAAACUCCAUAUACACAUAUAGAUAUACUGUACUUUCUUGGAUAUUCAGAAUUUCCAAAUACAGUACUAUAAUUAAAUUCUGAUACUGAUAUCAGUUUCUGAAAUUUGGAUAGUUACAUUUUAGUUUUACAUUUCAUUCUCUUGUAUUCAGGAAAAUAAAAUACUGUAUACAAGGGUGAAUGAAGACAAAAAUAAAUAAAUAAUGGUCUCAAACUGAAUAGUACAGUAGAUAUUUUUGCCUCAAAUUCUUCUAAUUACCGUAAUAAAUAUGUAUAUUAACAAGGUUUAUUAUUUUAUUAGUUGAAUAAUAGCCAGAAAGUUGCUAAAUCUUGUAACUUAAAGAUUUACAAGCAAAUCCUAAAUACAAUACUUUAAUUAAAAACACAUGACAUAGGCAAGAUUCUUCCCAGAUGACUCAAAAUAAUGUACUGUACAUCAUAUUGCAUGAGCUGUUGUCCAAGGGUUAGGCCGAGUGGCAAACCUCUUCAAUGUACAGAAAACUAAUAUGACAACUAAGAAAUUAACGUGAUACAAAAAUAUGCAUUAUGAAAGUGUUAAGAAUAUCGCAGCUUUUAAACCAGAAGUCCAUCCUAUACAGUCUAGUAAAUAUUUACUGAAAAGCCAUUAUGUUAUAUCCUAAAUUAUGAGGGUAGAGUAUGCUAAAAUAUUACCUGGCUUGCAAAUUACAAGUCACUAUGAAAGUCUAACUUACUUUCAACAAAAUAUUACAACAUAUAGUUUAAAAUUAAUCUGUGGCAUUACUCCACUAAAUGUGGACCAUGACAGUAUCUUAAUUUUAAUUUUGUAAAACAGACUGCUAUAUUAAGUAACACAAUGUUUCAUUAAAUGUCUCUCAUUUAUUCCUUUCCAUUUAAUUUAAUCUCAUACAAAAAAAAAAUAUAUAUAUAUAUUUAGGCAGUUGUCCCUUUGCUUACUGUAAGGUCUCUGGGUAUUAGGUCAAAGUGCCAAAACUUUUGUAAAUAGCAACAAAUCUCUCCAAAAGUCUGAUAAACAGCACUCUUAGAGAAUUUGCCUCACGUACAAUCUUAAUCUGGCACUACUCAACAUAUAUCCUGUUACUUCACUUUUUUACUGAUUAAAGUUAUUGAAUUGUAUAAAUUAGCCCAUCUUCAACACAUUAGGUUCUAAAAACAAACCUGCAUAGGUCUCAAAAUAUAGAACUCAUGAGAAAUUCAUCAUGCACAUUAGUUUUAUAAAGCUCAAGCCUCUGUACAAUCCUUUAUGUACUUCACAUGAAUAGUACAUGUACAUGUGUGAGAAAUUUAGUUUUCCUAGCCAACUUUGGAGGUAACUUUGUGAACUUGGGUUGGUGAGCCACUCAGAUAUUGUCAGGUAGUUAUCUGUGAUUAUCAGUCAUAUCAAUGACUUAUUUAGUGACAUGCGUCAACUUUUGUUACUGAUGUGUAGUUUAGGACUUGUUAGUCCAUGAAUCCUUUUUUUAAUGGGGUUAAAACUUAAGUAGGCAACUUUUCAAUAAAUGAAAAAAGUCAUAAAAUUACAGCACAUUAUUUCAAGUGGAUAAAUUCAGAUAAUGAUGAUCAUGUGGAGGAUACACCGAAUAUAAAAUACUACAGUAUAUAAAAUGCCUAGUGAUACAGUAUUGAAUAAACAGCCCGAAAGAAACUACAGUACUUUAGUGUUUAGUGGGUAAAGCAUUCUCCCAGGUCCUCUGGCCUUCAAACUAGUGCUUAUACUAGGCCAAUGCUGUCAUCUAUUAGCAACAGAACCCCAUGUCACGCCAAGCAUUAGCUUCAAACUUGCCAAAAAUUUGUCCACGAAACUCUCACUCCUCACACCUAAUUCUAAGUUUUCUUGGGGAAAUACUUACACCCUGUCAUAGAAUUAUCUAGACAAUAUAUGUAAAUGUAUACUGUACUGUAUUACAAAAUGGAAACAAUUUUUUUGUAU